GCUGGGGGGUACCUCAUGUCCGGCAGGACAAUUCCGACCUCAAUAAAAGGUCUCCAGGUGCCUCUGCUCCUCACACACCUUCAGCUCUCAGCAAGAACAAGAACGGUCCUCACUCCGGCCACCCUUCGCUCCUCUCCCAACAUCAUGUGCUCCACUGGAUGCUGUUCCACGGGAUGCUGCUCCGUCGUGAAGAGCAAGACCGUGUGCUGCAGCCCGUGCCCGAGGGUCGUGUGCUGCGAGCCCUGCCAGAAAACCGUGUGCUGCUCCCCGUGCCAGAAGAGCGUGUGCUGCUCCCCGUGCCAGCAGUCCUGCUGCUGCGACCCGUGCCAGAAGACCGUGUGCUGUGAGCCGUGCAAGAAAACCGUCUGCUGUGACCCGUGCCAGCAGUCCUGCUGCUGUGACCCGUGCCAGAAGCCCUGCUGUGACCCGUGCCAGACCGUGUGUUGUGACCCAUGCCAGAAGCCUUGCUGUGACUCGUGCCAGACCGUGUGUUGUGACCCAUGCCAGAAGCCUUGCUGUGACCCGUGCCAGACCGUGUGUUGUGACCCAUGCCAGAAGCCUUGCUGUGACCCGUGCCAGACCGUGUGCUGUGACCCGUGCCAGAAGCCCUGCUGUGACCCAUGCCAGACCGUGUGCUGUGACCCAUGCCAGAAGCCCUGCUGUGACCCAUGCCAGAAGCCCUGCUGUGACCCGUGCCAGACCGUGUGUUGUGACUCGUGCCAGAAGCCUUGCUGUGACCCGUGCCAGAAGCCCUGCUGUGACCCGUGCCAGACCGUGUGCUGUGACCCAUGCCAGAAGCCCUGCUGUGACCCAUGCCAGACUGUGUGCUGUGACCCGUGCCAGAAGCCCUGCUGUGACCCAUGCCAGACUGUGUGUUGUGACCCAUGCCAGAAGCCCUGCUGUGACCCAUGCCAGAAGCCCUGCUGUGACCCGUGCCAGACCGUGUGUUGUGACCCAUGCCAGAAGCCUUGCUGUGACCCGUGCCAGAAGCCCUGCUGUGACCCAUGCCAGACCGUGUGCUGUGACCCAUGCCAGAAGCCCUGCUGUGACCCGUGCCAGUCUGUGUGCUGUGACCCAUGCCAGAAGCCCUGCUGUGAUCCCUGCCAGCAGUCCUGCUGCUGUGACCCGUGCCAGAAGCCCUGCUGUGACCCAUGCCAGACCGUUUGCUGUGACCCGUGCCAGAAGCCCUGCUGUGACCCAUGCCAGUCUGUGUGCUGUGACCCGUGCCAGAAGCCCUGCUGUGACCCGUGCCAGUCUGUGUGCUGUGACCCGUGUCAGAAGUCCGUGUGCUGCACCAAGGUGUGCCAGAAGUCCGUGUGCUGUGUCCCACGGCCCUGCUGCUGCCCCUGCGGGUCCCUGUCCUGCUGCUCCUGCGUGGUGAAGAAGCCGGUGGUGGUUUGCUGCACCCCCGUGAGGAAGUGCUGCGUCCCCUGCAUCCCCAUCCAGCAGUGCUGUGUCAAGAAGAGCUGCUGAGCUGUCCCCGGGUGGCUCUGACGGCUCCAGCCUGGUGUGAAAGGAGAACGGGCACAAGGAGGUGAAAAGCUGCUCGUUUGCUUCUGGUUCUCAUCGUGAUGGAGCCAAUUUGGAGCGAUUUUCUUCUUCUUUUCAAGCUUAAGCUGCUGCUUCUUUCUGUCUCUUAGUUAUUGACUGCCUUUAAUUGUUGACUGUCUUGAGUACACUUGAAUUUAUCACCCAUUGCAUAAGGCAUUAGAUAUUAGUGGGGUGUUCAUUCUUCUCUUGGUGUUUGGGAAAUCUUUACUGUUACUGUGAUCACGCUUCAUUUCCUCUCUUGACUUGUAGACAAUAAAAUUUAGCAUUAAGCAAAACACAA